CAAGAACGAGAGAAGACCUUACCUUGCCUCAAUGGUCAGCAACGUCAAAGAAGCAGAAAAAUGGCGUGUGCAAAUCAUCAGAGAGAUCUCAAAAAAGGUUUCGCAAAUCCAGAACGCUGGAUUGGGCGAAUUCAAAAUCCGCGACUUGAACGACGAGAUAAACAAGCUCUUGAGAGAAAAGCGGCAUUGGGAAAUCCGGAUCGUGGAGCUGGGAGGUCCCAACUACCGCCGUUUCGGUCCGCGAAUGCUGGACCACGAAGGACGCGAAGUACCCGGAAACCGUGGCUACAAGUACUUCGGUGCAGCUCGGGACCUUCCCGGGGUUCGCGAGUUGUUUGAACAAGAACCUCCGCCACCACCGAGAAAAACCCGAGCGGACUUGAUGAAGGAAGUGGACGCGGAUUACUACGGGUACCGAGAUGACGACGAUGGGGUUCUGGUUCCCUUGGAACGCGAGGCUGAGAUGAAAGCCGUGCAAGCCGUUAUGGAGGAGUGGAAGGCCAAGGGAGUGGAAGUUCGUGACAAGCUGGAAUUUGAUCCGGAAAGAGAAAUGGAUAUCGGAGAGGGCAGAACGAUUGUGCAUGUACUUGUGCCAACUCAAAAAGAUAUCGAGCUGGGUUUGCUGAAUAGAAGAAAGCGUGAAUUGCUCGCGGAAUAUGUUGAUGAUGAUCUUGAUGACGAUGAUGGAGGAGGUGGUGAUGAUCAAGAAGAAGCAGGGGAGAAAACGAUUGUCAGUGAUGCGAAUAUGGAAGAAGCAUAAAAUAAAUCGAUUUUGUAAACUUCA